CGGAAUCCUGCUCUUGCCCCUUGCAGCCAAGUACCCUUGCAGAGAGCAGUGUCCCUGGAACACCAACCAGGAAGAUCUCUGCCUCCGAAUUUGAUCGGCCGCUUAGACCCAUUGUUAUCAAAGAUUCUGAGGGGACUGUGAGCUUCCUCUCUCACACAAGAAGGAACAGAUGCCUCUAACCUCCCCACGGUUUGAUACUGAUGAAGGGGACUAGUGCUCGAGACUCUUGGAAUUAGUGAAAGAUAUUUCUAGUCACUUGGAUGUCACAGCCUUAUGUCACAAAAUUUUCUUGCAUAUCCAUGGACUCUUUCGUCUCCGCCGACCGCUACUCCUUAUUCCUCGUCAGUGAGGACAGCUCCAAUGACAAGUUUCUUAUCAGCCACCUCUUUGAUGUUGCAGGAGGUUCAACACUGGAAGAAGCUUCGAAUAACUGUAUCUGCUUAGAGUGGAACAAAGGCAUCGUGGGACACGUGACCGCUCUUGGCUUGCCCUUGAACAUCAAGGACGCCUAUGAGAAAAGAAAGAAGAAAAACUCAUUCCUCCUUUUUCCCUUUCACUACAACACUGCCUUCCCAGCUCAAGCACCAAAUAGUUUACAAGACCAGAAGCAUGGAUAUACUACAAAGACCUCGCUUCAUUUUAGAUUAUUUUAGGUAAUGGUAGUUACUGGCAUUGAUAGUAGGAUAAGGAAAAACAUAUAAUAGAUGCUUGUUGUCCAGUGAUGAUAAAGGGAUGUUCUACUGGUUGUCCUCCAAUUCAAGCGAGUGUUAAGAGGUUCACUACUAGAAAUCAGAAUAGGCACUGGCUGAAUGGUCAGAAUGUCAUGCUUUGUUGUUUGCAUGUAUGAAGUAAUGGCAUUAAUACUAAGAUUAGGAUAGCAAAGAUUUGGGCUAAAAUUCUGCCUAGUUUGUUAGGGCUUGAUCAUAGGACUGCAUAUGUGAAUAAGAAGUACCAUUCUGGCUUGAUGUGUGAAGGUGUGUUGAGAGGUUUGCCGGGGUGUAGCUAUCUGGGUCUCCUAGUAGGUCAGGUGAAAAUAGGACUAGUAUUUUUAACCCCAGAACUAGUAGCAAGGCACCCAAGAUGUCUUUAAAUGU